UGGAUUAACAAUACACUCUUUAAUCGCCUUCAUUUAACAGUGGGUUAUUAUCCACCGGACUUAGCGGUGCUAGCCUUCCACAGCUAACAGGAACGCAAAUAACAGUAGCAAUGCAUUAGUGGAAGUGAAUAAUAGAAACCGGUGUGGACAUGCCCGAGACACGCGUCACCUUAGUGAUUCAUGGGAGAUCCUGGCGAGGGGCAUGACUCUGAACACAGAAUACAGCACAGCGGGAUAAUGCUCACUCUGGACUGAAAAAAACCCCAGGAAACACACAUUCAGCAAAGUGAUAUCAAACUUUCACUAAUGGAACAACGAAACUGUGUUUACAAUGGAAAUCGGGUUUAGUGUUUGAAUCAGGCAACCAUUGAUGGAUGUUUCGUGGGAAUUAUUUAAUCUUCAUUGGAAAUGUAUAUUGGAGAUAAACAUAUUUUUUGUACAGUUCUAAUGUUAUAUUAGGAUUUCCGGGAUAAUAUCUUUUUUAUAUCGUCCAUUAUCACGUGUGUGUGAAGCCGGAUACGUGUUUGUCACGCAUCGAUCUCUUUGAGCAUCUGCACCUGAAGGAUAACAGCGCGCACCUAUUGGGCUUGUUGUGAUUAUCCCGCUGACACGCCCACGCCAUGUCUGUUAAAAGAAGCAACAGCAAACAGUUGCGUGACUAUCCCGGGUACUCCGGCAACUUCACACACGUCUUUGACCACGACGACGCAAUGGACAAACCAUACAACAGAAACUGGGAACCUCCAGCUGACUACCAGGAGAGCAUGGACCCGAGCGGCAAGUGGGGGCGAGACAUCACGUUCCACCAGAAAUACUCGCCGCCAUCCAAUGUCGGCUCCGACCAGUACGACUCCGAGGGAAACCCCAAGACCUUCAAACGGGUGCUAACCAGGUUCGCAGGGCGGACUUCCAUGCAAGGGAUUCCCUACAUCCACACAUCCAAGACCUGGUACGCCAAGUUGGUGUGGGUGGUGCUCCUCCUAGGAGCCCUGUGUGUCAUGGGGAUCCACCUCUAUACUCUCAGCUCAUCCUACAUCAUGUUCGAGAAACAGACGAAGGUUCAGCUUGGCUUCCAGAACCUCAAGUUCCCCUCGAUCACCUUCUGCAAUGUGAACCCUGUUAGGUCUUCGAUGAUAUCAAAAGGCAGAAAAGAACUGAAGGACUAUAUAAGGACCAUAAGAGCAGAUGCUGUUGCUUCUUCACUUAAGAACAAAAGGCAGCAGAACAACUUAAACCAGGGUCCAAAUCAGCAACAAUCCCCCGGUCCACGACCACAGCCUGCACCUGGUCGCAGAAAACGCUUCAUUGAUAGCUUUGAAUACAAUUUCACUAACACCAGGAGACAAGAACCACCUGGCUUCAAUUUUUUUUCUGGUCAAACAUCAACCCUCCAAGAUAUCCGCAAAGAAUUUACUCACCUGUUCAGCUCAGAAGAGAGGGCUACGCGGAUCGAGAUGGGCCACUCUAUAUCAGACAUGCUAGUGUCAUGUGCCUUCUCCGGCGUCGUGUGCAACGAGAGUUUUUUUCGGAUCCACCCCACGUCCAUGUAUGGUAAUUGCUACACUCUAGAAAACUCGGCCUUCGUCAGCUUCCGGAGCGGCCCAUCCAAUGGUCUGGAGUUGAUCCUGUUUCUGGAGACUGACGAGCACAUAUCAACAAUUGCUUCCGGUAUAGGGACCCAGUUUCAAAUACACGGCGAGAACACGUGGCCUGACCCGGAAGUGGAUGGGAUGUCAGUUUCAGCUACAAUGGAAACUAGUAUAGGCAUGCGCAUGCUGGAGAUUCACAGGAUGUCUGAUCCCUAUGGCAAGUGUGACGACGGUGCAGUCUUCAAAGCCAAAUAUGGAAAGCAAUAUACCAGGAAGACUUGUGAGACAUUCUGUGUGCACGAGAGAAUCAUUAAUCGAUGUGGUUGCUUUGAUGAACUUAAGGAAACACUGUAUAGAAACAUUAACAGCUCGGAGCCCGGGCGGGACGUUCCUCCAUGCAGGACCAAAACACAAAUGGUGUGCUUACAAGAGAUCGAGUCAAGAUGGGAGACGGGCUUGUUCCAGUGUAAUUGCUUCAACCCAUGCCAAGAGAGAUUGUACGAGAAAAAUACGCACAGCCGCACGUGGCCUUCAGAUGCGUAUGCUAAUUUGCUGGUUCAAUACUUGUGUAACAACAAGAACGAAACCGAGUGUGAACGUUUUGAGAAGAUGUCGUAUCGGGAUCUCAGUCGAAACUUCAUGAAGGUGAACAUUUUCUUUGAUGACUUAAACUACGAAAACAUCACAGAAAUACCAUCUUAUGAGGAUGUUCAAUUUUAUUCCGACAUCGGAGGAACAGUUGGCUUGUGGGUCGGCCUCUCGGUAUUGAGCCUUGCUGAAGUUGCCCAAUUUCUGUGGGAAAUAAUCCAAUACCUUUUGUGUUGGCGCCGACGGAAGACGCAGAAAACAGAAGAGAUUGAUGACAGGUCGAACUGGGACGCCCGGAUGCAGAUGCGUGUACCUCAGCCGAUUAAUAGACUGUCAGGCAGGGACAGAGACAAUGGCCUAUACUGAGGACGACGUGGCAGGACAAUUGUCAGUUCGUGAGCGAGUGAAUCAUACAUGGGUGAACGUUACAUACAGCAUACAAUCCUAUCACAGCAGUAUGUACUUAAUCGGUUGGACCAUGCAACUAAGUGGAUGAUAUCAUAAUCAGCAGUAAGGCAGGUCUCGAAGUUACACUGUUCCUAACUUUAGUUGAAUCUUGCAAUGUAAAUGUAGCACGGCUGACCUAUUCCGCCCCGAUAUACAAACAGGAACUCGUUCCAAAUAGGGUAAUGCAGUUUGUUAAACUCGGAGAAAACCAACGGGUUAAGUCUGAUCCACGGAUUCCGGAGAUACCUGCUCAGACGAAAUCUCCUCAAGAGUUCCCAGAUGACCAACCGCCGAAAUCUUGAGGAAUCUUGGCCAUUCCAAAAGACACCUCUGAUGGUAAUCACGGGCCUAUUCUGUCCUGGAUUUGUCACGAGGAAAAUGUGAAGUGGAUAUGCCAGCAUGUCAGCUCUACAUGGUUAUGGACUAGACAUCUCUAGUCUAUCUGUGUGACAAACAUCGACACUGACAGUUUACGCCUGUAUUUCAACAGGAAUACGUUGGGGUGCAACUUUGUGACACAUGUUGUAACAGUCAUGUUUGUGGGCCGACGUUACAUUGACGCCCAUUAAUGUGUACCGCAAAAGUACCGCGCCAAGUAAAUUCGUUCGAAUUUUCGAUUUACGAAUCUUUGGCACAUCAUGUAUCUUGUAUUUAUAUAUAUUUUGUGUUAUUUUCAAAUUAUAUAUGUUACAUUCGACGUG